UAAAAAAAAAUGCAAAAAUCAAAUUUAGUCAUAAUGCCAAAAUGCAUUCUGCGACAUGUCUUUGCUACAAAAAAAACCCAAUACGUGUAAAUUAAUUGCUACAAAUAUUGUAUGAUAAGCAUGCAAUUGCAAUACCUGUUGGACCAGGGGAGGACUGACCAUUUGGAAACUUGGGCAGUGACCGAGGGCCCGGGGUCAGUAGGGGGCCCCAUGAGAUGCCCCUGGUACCUUUUUCAUAGGCUUUUUUGAGUUUGGGCAAGGACACAGGGGCCCCAUGAUCCCAUAUUGCCCGGGGGCCCCAU